GAGACGACGAAGAAGUGCGGGUCUCGCUGCAAAGAUGGCAACCGAAGGGAGGGGGGGAACGGCUGCGGCGACGUGCACGCACGACCGCAACGCGGGCGACGGCCUUGCGGCGGGUGUCGGGGCUCCGGUAUCGACGGUGGCGUUGGCGCGCAUUCGUCGGGAGCUCGAAGAGAUCCGGUACACGCCGUUGACCAACUGCUCCGCGGGGCCCCUGCACCCCUCAGACCUGUUCAGCUGGACCGCCACCAUCGUGGGUCCUGAGGCCACGCCGUACGAAGGAGGCGCCUUCCGGCUCGACAUCAGUUUCCCCGCCGACUACCCCUUCAGCCCGCCCAUGGUGAAAUUUACCACCAAGAUUUACCACCCGAACAUCAUCGCCGACGAGUUCAUCUGCCUCGACAUCCUGAAGACGCGCUGGACGCCGGCCCUGACCAUAUCGGACGUAUUGCUCUCCAUCUGGUGUCUGCUCAAGGAGCCGAACUUUGAGGAGCCCGCCGAUCCGGAGGUCGCUGCCGCGUACGACGAGAACCGCGCACUCUACGAGAGCACGGCGCGCAAGUGGACUUCCGAUCACGCGAUGCUUUAGUGGCGCCGUCAGCGCGUCGCUUUACGCAGGGCAUGUUGACAACACCGGUAGACGAACAGACCGAGCCGGCCGGUCAGGUCAGCCCGAGUUUACUCGGGCAAACGAGACAUUCGUGCGGUGCUAGUGGUGAGCCCUGGUUAAAAUAAAUGACGGGGCGGCUUUCCAUCUUUCCGUUUA